AUGGGAACGAAUUUAACUUCAACCGUUGCACAAAACUGUCAUUUUAAUUUUCUAAUAUUAUUUAAAUAAAACAAAAUUACGUAGGUAAUUCAAAAAACGUAAGAAAAUGGAAUUAUUAAGUCUCUUAAUUAAUCCUGGAAAAUGUAAAAUUUGCAUGUUAUGCUACAAGGAAUGUAACAAUACGCUGAAUAUUUAUAAUAAUGUGGAAAUCGAAGGAAACAUAUCCAAAGAUUUAAACAUUGCGGCAAUUGUAAAACAUUUAUUUCCUGCAUUUGAUAUUACUUUAUCAUAUGUAUGUCAAGUCUGUUCUGAAUUGUUAUAUAAAAUGUAUCUAAAAAUGGAAGAAAAUAAAUAUAGAAAAAAAAUACUACGAAUUAUAAUCAACACAUUAUAUAAUGAAUUAAAUGAAUAUGAAAAUUUGAAUAUAGAAGCCUUGAAGAAAGUAUAUUUAAAUGUAAAUUUAUCUACAAUUUUAAAUUCAAAUCAAGAUGCUCCAACCAAAUGUUCAAAUAAUAUAAAUUUCGAUAGAAAUAUUGAAAGUAAUGUUUUUGAAAAUGAAAUUGAAACUGAGACUGAAAAUACUGAUUUUUCUUUACAGAGGCAAUGUCCACAUUGUUCUAAAUUAUUUGAUAACAUUAAGCGUUAUAAAGCACAUGUAAAGAGUCAUGGAAGUAAACAGAAACAAAAAUAUUAUUAUUGUAAUCACUGUAAUUACAAAAGUCACUGUAAAUUGUCUGUACAGGGUCAUAUAAAUAAAAAUCAUUUAAAAACUCGGCCACAUAUUUGCCAGAUGUGUUUUAAAAGUUUUUUUCAUAAGAAAAAUUUAAAGGAACACAUAGAAAAUCAUGAACAAGUUCAUAAUGAAAUGUGUGAAGUAUGUGGUAAAAGAUUUUUGCAUAAAAGGAAUUUAGUUGAACAUCUUAAGCUUCAUUCGGGUGAUAGACCAUAUGAAUGUGAAAUUUGUUCAAAGAAGUUUGUUACAUCUGGGCGUAGGUUGGAGCAUAUAAAAAGGAUUCAUAUGGAGAAAACUGAGAACUGCUUAUUUUGUGAUAAAAAGUUUAGCUUGAAUAAAGAAUUGACAAGACAUAUGAAGAGUGUACAUUCAACAUUUUAAACUUUUUUUUUUAUGAGAUGGACUUGCGUUUUAUCACAAUCAUCCUGAUUUUAAGUGUCAAUAUCUAGAAUAA